AUUUGCAGGCUCAUCUGUGUGCCCUGAACUUGUGCCCACCUCAGGCCCAGGCCAACUGUGAGCUGUCGAAAUGGGUUCUGAGCUUGAGUCUGCAAUGGAGACCCUUAUCAAUGUGUUCCACGCCCACUCCGGCAAAGAAGGGGACAAGUACAAGCUGAGCAAGAAGGAGCUGAAAGAACUGCUGCAGACUGAGCUCUCUGGCUUCCUGGAUGUCCAGAAGGACGCGGAUGCUGUUGACAAGGUGAUGAAGGAACUAGAUGAGAACGGAGAUGGGGAGGUAGACUUCCAGGAGUAUGUGGUGCUGGUGGCGGCCCUCACUGUGGCCUGUAACAACUUCUUCUGGGAGAACAGUUGA